CUGGCUUCAUUCUCAGUCAAGACGAUUGAUUCCCCAUGAUCACUUACACAGCUUUCAGCUCCCGAAUGUGACGUGGCGCAGAACCCAGAGAGCCCAGAUUCCGGCUGGCUUCACCAAACUUUGAACCCUAAGAACACUUCCAGAAGAAUUUUGGAAGCCUUGGGUAUUGCUGUGCCGCCAGUGCCGAGCAGCCAGACGCACUUCAAGAGCGAAGCUUUAACCAUGUACGAUAUGUGGUUGAAUGUAGGUCUCCCAGCUCACAAGGCUAGUACUAAUGCUCAAGCACAUAAGGAAGCUGGCCUUUCCGUUCAGACCCGACGGCAAACCAAUCUCUGCGUCUCUCACUUGAGAAAAGUGCACACUCUUUUGAUCUCUGCUGCUUGACCUUUAGCCUUUCAUUACGAUGGCGCAAACCACCAUCAGAUUCCUAUUGCUAGCCGGUGGGGCUAGACUGCUGCAAUCCGCAUGUGCUGCACCAGCUUCGACAAGGUCGACAGAUCUAUCAUGCGACCAGGACGACGGCAACACCUAUAGUGGCUUCACUAUUAUGUGCGGUGUCGAUUAUCUCGGAGGUGACAUGGGAAUGACAUGGACAAGCUCAUUCCAGUCCUGCAUUGACACUUGCUCUUCCACGUCCGGAUGCAUCGAUGUCUCGUAUGUGGGCGGAGCUUGCUACUUGAAAGACUCUACCUCAGUUCCCACCAUGAAUUCAGCGGUAUGGAGUGCUCGAAAUGAAGAAGACGAUCCUGUCGGAUCGCUCUCAUGCCCUUCUGCAGAUGGUACGAUCUACGACGGGUUCACUAUUGCUUGUGACACGGACUAUUACGGUGGGGACCUCUCUAAUCAGGAAUCCCCGUCCUUGGAAGACUGCAUUGCUGCGUGUGCCGAAAACUCUGCAUGUACGGAUGUUUCUUUUCAUACUGGCGGAUGGUGCUAUCUGAAGAAUGUCCAAAUGCCCGGUAUAAGCAAUACGGCUAUCAUCGGUGCGAAGUUACCAUCUAUCAGCACAUCGUCUACCACGACCACAACCACUAGCUCAACCUCAACCAGUUCAGCCGUUAUAACUUCUACUACAGUCUCGACCACAAGCAGCUCGACAACCACAACCUCAAGCUCGGCUACAACUACUUCGGCCGGCGGCGCCAGCAGUGGUCUUUCUUGCCCUGACGCCGAUGGGCAGAGCUACGAUGGCUUCGUCAUCGCUUGCGGCACGGAUUACCUGGGCGGUGACAUGUCAAUCAUCCAGACUUCAACACUUGAAUCAUGCAUCGCAGCUUGCAGUACAACCUCUGGCUGUACCGAUAUAUCCUUUGACAAUGGCUAUUGCUACCUGAAGAAUAUCCUCAUGCCUGGUCUGAGCAGCUCAACGGUGACCGGUGCAAAGUUACCAGCCGCGACAAGCACCUCUUCUUCCACUGCUACGUCUACUACGGUCUCUAGCAGUACGACACCUUCAGCGUCUUCGACGACAUCUCAAGAGUCAUCGAGCACCAGCACCACCAGCACCACCAGCACCACCAGCACCACCAGCACCAUCAGCACCACCACGACGUCGUCAACUACAAGCACAACUUCAGCAGCAGCCACAUCUUCAACCGGCGUGUGGACCACUUCUUCUACAACGUCCACGACUGCAGAGGCUACGUCGACUCUUACGACCACUACUGCUUCAACCACACGGCCCAGCACCACCACCAGCUCCGCAGCCACUACCAGCACCACAAGCACUUCGGCUCGUUGCCCGGGUAUUGAGGCGAGCUACAUCGCCAAAAAUGGUGCUGUUUGGUCGAUUUGCUACACUUAUGAUCGUGCAGGUGGAAACCUCCGCACAACUUUUGGCCAGUCCAAUGUCGACUGUAUCAAUCAGUGCGAGCAGACCACAGGAUGUGUGGGCGUUUCAUAUGCACCAUUGCUCGCCACCUGCUACAUGAAGUCUCGUUUAACUUCGGUUUAUCGUAAUCUGCUGGUAAAUAUCAUGGUACCAAUCAGCAGCGCAUCAUCGUUCACGACCACGUCUGGAAGUGCCGCCACUUCAUUGACGACUACUGCGUCCGCUACCACCACCACGCAGUCUACUACGUCGACAACAGCAGUCGUGCCAGCCACUACCUCCACGGCCACUACUACUUCAGCUGUCGCCACGGCGAGAUCUACGACGUCGACCACAUCAGUCGUGUCAACCACCACGUCCCGCACUACAACCACCACGAGCACUACUGCCAGAAGGACCACGACCACGACAUCCUCGAGACCAACAACGACCACCACAACAUGCACAACAACUACGACCACGAAGAGGGGACACUGAUAACUGGAAAGGCUGGCCCAAGAAUAUUUCAAGAACCGUGAACUAGGAGAUGGUCAGCAUAUGCCGUGGGAACAUUUGCGGCCUAGUAACACGAUGCCAGCAGAUCUGGCUUGUCGUCACAGGCUUUGACAUUUAUCUGGCACGCAGUUUAUGAUUGACCAAGUCAACCUCUCUGCUAGUUCGAGGACAACAUAGACUCGUCGUUCGCAGUACGUAUAGCACGCUUAGAAUUUGAUAUUGAUGGAGCUAUUUCGAUUCCGAAUGAAAGCC